AUGACUCCAGCUGCAUUUGGAGCUCAGAGGGAGCCCAGACUGGUGCAGAUGUCUGCCCUGCCAGAGCUUGUGGACCUGCUAGAGCCACGGCUGUGCGUCCACCGAGACAAGGCUGGACUUGGGAGGUACUGGUCCCCACUGGCCAAAGAGACCAGCCAGUGCCUACAGCUGGGCAGAGGCCUGAAGUGUGGACUUCAUCCCAUUGACCUGAAGAGCCCAAAGGAUGCUCUGCUGCUGGGAUUCUUCUCUCGGAAUUGUUGGAGGGAGAGCGUUCAUGCCUGGAGGGCAGCCCGGGUGUCCCUCAAACUGGGCCAUUUCCAUUCCUGUGGUAGCAGUCUGGUCCGAGAAGAUGUAGUUAUCACCGCUGCUUACUGUGUAGUCAACCUAGAGCAGAAACUCCUGAAGAGCUUGGUGGUGACAGUGGGGGAGCGUCACCUCCAGCAGGUGGAUAGGCAGGAGCAGAGCAUCCCUGUCUCAUGUGUCAUCGUCCACCCCACGUUUAACCGGCUGCACUACGUGGAUUGCGAUGUGGCUCUGCUGCACCUGCAGCACCCGGCCCAGUACGGGGCUGGGGCACUGGCUCCUGUCCUACAGGAGGUGGAGUUGCCCCUCAUUGACCGACAGACCUGCACACUGCUGAGGGGCAUGAACCAGCCAUCGGUGUGGGGCUCCAUGCUGUGCGCUGGCUUUCCUGACAGCGGGAGGGAUGUGUGCAAGGGUAACUCCGGAGGCCCCCUUGCGUGUCUGACUGGUGGCAUCUGGACUCUGGCCGAUGUGGUGUCCUGGGGGGUUGGUUGUGCCAGAGGAUGGGAUGCCCUCAAGGGAAGCACCGUGGCCCAGGGCUCACCAAGCAUCUUCUCCUGGGCGGCUGCGUUCAUGGACUUCAUUGCCCAGCACAUGGCACCAGCUGCUGUGCCAAGCCCUCUCCACGUGUCAGCGGAGUGCAGUUCCCAAGGCGCCUCACUCUUUGGAGAAAGUGGCCGCAUUUGGUACCCCCAGGCUUUGGAGGAUAACUAUCCUGACAACAGGAAUAUGUUCCUGGCCCUUCUGCUGGCAGAGUCGGACCAGACCACCAUUACAUUUGUUUCUGAUGGGAGCAACACUGGCCAUGGCUUUGAGCUCACCUUCGUGGCCAUCCAUAAGGACUCUGAAGCAGGUUUGGGCUGUGGGAGUGUCGCAAUGUUAGUGGAAGAGGGGAAGAUUGAUACUGCUAAUUACCCUGGCUUGUAUCCCAGGAACACGAAGUGCCACUGGCUCAUUGAGGCUCCAGCAGAGUAUGUCGUAAAGCUGGAGUUUGAAGACUUUGCUGUGGAACUUAGCCCAGGCUGCACUUAUGAUGCAGUUACUGUUUAUGGCGAUGAAGAAGAAAACCAGUUGGGCCUGUAUGUCAACCAAAAACCAGAGCCAAAUGAUACCUGUGGCCUUUUCCCAGUUACUCCCCAGUGGUUGUUCAAGAGCGUUAGUGGGGCUGAGCAGGCCUGACCUCACUGUUGGCCACAGCAUGCUGCCCUGAAGCUCCUUGGAGACUACUAGUGCAAUGGGGCUGUUGUCAGCCCUACAUAGCUGCUGACAGCCGCCCACUGUGUGCAGCUGACUGUGACCAGCACAUUCAAUAAACCCUUGCACUGGACUAUGACAGUAGGAGACCAUGACAGAGCCCUGAGAGAGUCAACAGAACAGAUGAAAACCAAAGGGCGGCUUGUACCUUCUCUGCCCUGGUCACAGGCGAAACAGGUGAAAACCAUGGUGGUGCAUCCCCGCUUUGACAUGCUGAGCUGUGACUCCGACGUUGCCCUGGUGCAGCUAGACGUCCCUCUGGAGUACAAGCUGCUGAGGCCGGUGCUGCUGCCCAGCAGCACAGACAUGUUAUCUUCGUCUUCCCUCUGCACUGUGUCACUUAACCUCGAAUUUAUUUCCCAAGCAGAUGGGAGCCGAGCUAGGCAGUUGUAGCAGACACAAGUGCCUGUACUUGAGAAUGAAAUCUGCCAGAGAAAUUACUACUUCAGCCACCCUGGAGGGAUCACCGCCAGGAUGCUUUGUGCUGGCUUUGUUUCUGUGGGAGGCCAGGACUCCUGUCAGUUGAGUCAGAGCACUGUUCAAGAACUAACUAACCACCUUGAAAUCGGUGGUUCUGGUAGCCCCUUGGUUUGUAACAAGGAAAAUGAGCCAUUUACUCUUUAUGGCACUGUCAGCUGGGGUCUGUUCAAGGGUAAGGAUUUUCCUGGACUGGAUAAGACUGCUGAUGAAAGCAUGCUGUGCCUCUCCUCAGAUGCUGAACAGAGCGUGCUGCAGUGCACUGGAGACCUCAGCACGGGAGCAGCCAGCGAAGCUGCCCACAAAGCGAACGGGAGAGGCGUGCACGCAGGGUGGCCGCAGGACUGCGUGGAGCUGGCAUGUGCCAUCGGCUGCAGCGCUGGGUUUGCAGAAGGUGGUGGAACUGGUUCAGUUCAGGACCAGCUCUGGGUAGAGCCUGGUAAUAAGUUUGAGUCUCCUAACAUCUCGGAUACGUGGGAAACAGAGUGCUCUUGGAUACUCUGACUGUCUCUGAAGGGCAUGGCAAAGAUUAUAGUAAAGCAUCUGUCAAUAACAUCAUCACUGAACUGCCAAGAGGAGUUUCUUGGUGUUUAUGAAGAGAGCCAGCAAGGAAGAAAAGUGCUAGAUGGCUAUGGUCUUCCUCACCCUGACCCUGCUGAGGUGCAGUCUGGUCACCGAGCCACUAGUCUAGAUGAACACAAUCGACAGAAUUAA